AAGUGCACGAGAUCGGCCCUCUGUCACGAGCCGCGAUGUCCGCGCUCGCAGACGACUCGUACCUGACCACCAUCGCGCACGUCAUCGGCCGCCUGUGCGACUGCAACAGGGAUCUGCGGGCAACCUCUCCGACGUCGUUUGACUCCGUCGAGGCGCCAUGCAUGUCCGUGCACUCCUACCUGCAGCGCAUCCGCCGCUACACCCGCUUCGACGACAUGUGCUUCCUCAUUGCCCUCGCGUACCUAGGCAGGAUCGCUCAGGCAGGUGGCCCGUCUCUAUGCCUGACGCAUCACAACGUGCACCGGCUACUCGUGACCGCGCUGGUCCUCGCCUCCAAGUCGUCCGAUGACGUCUUCCACGCCAAUUCGUUCAUGGCGCAAUGCGGCGGGAUCUCGGUCGGCGAGCUCAACGCGCUCGAGAUUGAGUUUUGCAAGUGGCUCACCUUCCGCCUCAUCCCCGACAAGGAGGAGAUGCGCGCGCUGGUCUGCGCCCUUGGCGACGCGUCGGACCCCUUCUGGAAAGGGUGGGUCAACUUGGAGCAGGACGCGCCGGAGGCUGUCGUGCCGCCCCUUGCCGCUAUCCACGCGGCUCGCGUCGAGUACCCCGCGGCCGCCGUCGCGAAGCCGCGCUUGGGUGCGUUUUCGUCGUCGCUGCACGAGCUGUCCUCGCUGCUCUGGUCGCCGAUGGCAGUGCAGGCGCCACCGCUAGGCGGGGAGCCGGAGACCAUCGCGUCGCUGCUGGCCAAGCCGGUGUGGAGCACCGAGUCGCCAAAAUCGAUCACGUGGAAAGCAGAGAGCGAGCGCCCGUGGGGCGGCAAGCCGCAGCAGCCGCAGCCGCCGCAGCCGCCGCAGCCGCCGCAGAAGCCGCAACCACAGCGGUGGGGCAGCAAGCUAGAGCAGACGCCGCGGCAGCGGCUCCAGCAGCAGCAGCCGCCGCAGCCGCCGCCGCCGCCGCAGCAGCAGUCUCAGAAGCAGUCGCAGCAGCCAGGAUGGUGUUUGUACCAGCCGCAGCUGGUGUCGCAUGCAGUGGCGCCGCACCCGACCCACCCGCCUCCCCACCCGCCGGAGGCUAUGCAUGCUUGGGGCAGGGAGCAGCAUAUCGGGGGAGGCAUGGAGCAGCAUAUCGAGGCGCGGUGCGGCUCGGCCACGCGGAUGACUGUCAGGUGACGGCCGCGUCCGCCGCAUCUCUAAAGAGUUGCGAGCGAGCGAAACGACCGGCAGGGGCCCACUAGGGGGGCCAUGGGGCGGGGGGCCGACCCCAGAGGCGGCAGAGCACAGCGCCGCUAUUUAUCCCGAUGUGUAAUCAAGAAGAAGAAAAUGUACCG